AUGGGAGAUAACAGACAGGAUAAUCAGUCGGCCCGAAUGUCUCAACUGCAACAGCAAGUCAAUGAAGUCAAAUCGGUUAUGAGCAGCAAUGUGCAACGUAUUUUAGAGAGGGGCGAUCGAUUGGAAAAUCUUGAGGGACGAACAGAGGCUCUCACGGCAUCUUCGGAAAAUUUCAAAAUAUCUGCUCGACGUGUGCAGCGGCAUAUGUGUAGACGAAACGCCAAAUGGACGAUCAUCAUAAUAGCUGGUACAGUAGUGGUUGUUAUUAUUAUAAUCCUUAUCAUUCUGAACAGUCUUGGUGUUUUUGGGAACUAGUU